GAUGCGUGUUGCAGGAUCACACCUAGUGCAGGCAUUGGUGGUAAUCUGCUUCUACUUUCUGUAUGGAGCUGUGAGCGUCUGCCUGUUGGACGCCCGAAGAGCGUCAGGUUUGAUCCUUGGUAUGCAGAUGAACAUGACGAAUUAUGGCGCCCCACGUGCGCUUACAAGUGGGAUAUCGUUUCCGAGAUGACGAACGAUGUCAAUCUCAUGUACCAAAAGUACAUUGCCGAGUUGGACACGAUUACGCCUGAGCAGGUGGAAUGGCAGCCAUAUGGCGCGGGUGAGAGCUUGGGGUACACCGCGGAGUUCCGCCUCAACCCGAUGUGCUUGUGGGAUAAAGAUCUCUGGCUUAUGCAGUGCCCACUGAUAUGCAACUGGGCGGUUGAGUUUCAUUUGCCGCAUCGCGUGUAUCGUCAGUUUGGUCUUUUCCAGCCUCACCCGCCGGAUUGGGUGGACACGGAUAAAGCACUUCAUAGGUAAGAGAGCAUGUGUGCGUAUUGUCUAAUCAUCGGGACUCCUUUUGAUUGUGCUAAUGUUUGGUUUUAUACCACGCAGGUUGGACAGGAGAAGGCAACGGAAGAUAAAGGACUGGGCCAAGCAUCAUUCUGCGUAUGUUACCCGCUUCCAGCUUUGUGUGGAGCAAG